AUGAAAUGUCACUACGAAGUGCUCGGCGUAGCUCAGAACGUGAACGACCAAGAACUCAAGUUGGCGUACCGGCAACUCGCCUUGAAGUGGCAUCCAGAUAAAAAUAUCCAGAAUCAAGAAGAAGCUACCGAGAUUUUCAAGUCGAUCCAAUUAGCUUAUGAGAUCCUAUCCGAUCCCGUUGAGCGCGCCUAUUAUGAUAAGAAUCGUGAGCAUCUAUUGCGGGAUGGAAGGCCACCUGAGGAGCUGAAUCUAGUGAAUGUUUUCGAAUUUUUCACAACGAGCUGCUUCAAAGGCUAUACAGACAGCGAGUCGGGUUUUUUCGCUGUAUAUCGGAAAGUUUUCGCGGACAUAGCCGCUGAGGAAGAACAAGACCUCCCUGGUUUCGGGGACAGCCGCUCAGGAUACGCAGACUCUGUCGGCCCGUUCUACCGAGCUUGGGAAUCUUUUUGCACAUCCUUGGAGUACGAGUGGAUCGUGAAGGAAGAUCCGACAUUGUGCAGGGAAAGGUGGUAUACGCGUGCCUGUAAUAAAGAAAAUCAAAAGGCGCGGGACGCAGCACGUAAAGAACGCAACAUCAAUGUCCGAAGUUUGGCUCAGUUUGUGAAGAAGCGAGAUCCGCGAGUCAAAGCCUACUUAUCAGGUUUACAAGAAAAACAAGAGGCUCACAAAAAGUAUCUGGAUGAACAGCGCCAGCAACAAAGGCUCGAGAAGCUGAAAAAAAUCGAAGAUUUCCAGGAAGCCGAAUGGAUGCCCCUCGAUGAACUGGAGAGACAGCUGGAAGCCCUGGAGGCGGAACACGAUAAGAUUCAGCUUGAAGGCGACGAGGAGGACUCUCUCUUCUGUGUCGUCUGCGACAAGUUGUUCAUGUCAAUCAAAUCCUUCGAGAAUCAUGUUCGCUCCAAGAAACACAAGCAGAAUGAGGAAUUGGUCAAGCAGCAGAUGCAGGAAGACGAAGAAAACUACCGAGAUGAAGAUCUGAACGAGAACGACGGCGAGUCCGAGAAUGAAAUCGAUGAUAAUCGAGCGGAAAAGAUGACGGCUGCAGGAGAGGACACCGCGCAUGUCACUAAGGAACCGGACCCGGGAAAGUGUACGUCAGAUCGAGAUUCCGAUGAAGAGAGGAAAAAACCAAAGUCGAAGCGGAAGAACAAGAAGAAGCAGAUCCUUGUCGCUCGAUUGACUGACAGUGAGACUGAAGCAACCGGUGUCUCCAAACCUGGAGCGGACAGCAGCGACGAUGUCGACUUCAGCAAGAACUCCAGCACAAAGGAUCGCAGAAGGCAGAAAAACUCGGCGAGAAUAAAAGAAACUCAACCGGAGGAAGCAGCGAAGGAGAAAGUGGCUCCUGCAGAAGCUGUUAAGCCUGAAGGAGAAGAGACUAGAGCCCCUGCCCCUGCACCGCCGGCAACGGUGAAAUUGAAAGGUCACAAGGCGAGAGAAGCGAGGCGUAAAGCCCGGAAACAGGAGGAAACGACGCCGACGCCGGUGGGGAACCGAUGCGCCACGUGUGGGGCGGAAUUCCCAUCCAGGAAUAAAAUGUUCGCGCAUUUCAACAGGACAAAUCACGCACAAUACGUAGGGAAAUAAUAUCGAGGCUCCAUGAGGAGAUCUGCGAGGUUCUUCCUCUGUCUUGUUUGAGAGGGAACACGACUGCUUUCG